AAAGGCAGAGAAAGGAAUAUCCCCUAUCCCCGCACUUUAAAACUGGCUCAUCAUCAUUUAUGAAAAAAAAAGAAAGCUGACGAGUCAUUAGUCAAACACACUUUAUGCGCCUGUGUGUGUGUGGGGGUGUGUGUGUGUGUGUACGUGUGGGUUUAUUUAUGACGUUUAGGAACUUACAAAUCCGGUUUCACGUGUGAGUGCUUCAGACACUGCAUAGACGCAGCUCACUAGAGAAGAUCUGAUUGUUAUUCUCAGCAUCUGUCAGAGUGUGAAGUGUGUAAGACAGACGUGUCGUGGAGGAUGAAGCUGCUCUAUGUACUGCUCCUGGCUGUGGCUGUCCUAGCUCUGGCUGCAGGACACCGGGUGGAAUCUGGAUGUCAGGACUUUGACAUCAGUCAGGAAAAUGUAUGCUGCACAAAGUGUAAACCAGGAAACCGUCGUGUGUCUACCUGUGGGUCAGAUCCAAACACUUUAUGUACUCCCUGUGAAAAAGGCACCUUUACCACCAGCCCAUACGAGUGGAUGUGUAAGAUCUGUGAGCAGUGUAGUUCAGUCUUCGAACUUGCUUGA